UCGGGGUCAGGCCGCCCCUGUUCCUUUUGUCAACUAGCCUAUGAUCGACGGCGCGGCAUUGGGGCAGCUGCGUCCGCCGUAGCGAAUCGUUGGCCGGAUGGAUGUUGACAGCGCACGAGUAGCCCGGUCGGAUUGCCCGUUAUUAAGGGAAUCUCCAAGCCCGGUCCGGCGUCUUGUAGGAUUUUUCUUUGUCCCUUUUCUGAUCCUUUCCCACCUUUCUCCUCUUGGGUGGUUAUUCUUCUUUUGACGCGUUGUUGAACCGACCGAUCGUUGUGCUCAUUUCUACGGCCCGUGGUUUGUGAUUUCGGGACGCGGGGGAUAUAAUACUCGUAAUAAUCUUGCCCGAAUCGAUAUAUAUACGGAACGAGAAGCAGAGAUUCGUGCGACCCACCAUCAUAAUGUCCGCCGAGAGCCAGCCCCAAAGCCAGGCGCAACCGCAGCACCUGGAACCGGAGCCCCAGCAUCUGGAGCCCCAGCAGCGCAGCCCGGCCAUCAUCGAGCCUGAUGACAACCAAAGCGAUAACGAUUCCACCUUUGCCGGCUCAAUCGGCGACGCCAGUUACACCACGAGUAUCACCUCCAGCGCGUUCAACUAUCAAUAUGAGAACGGCCGCAGAUACCACUCGUACCAUGAGGGAGAAUACAUGCUGCCCAACGACGAGCAGGAGCAGGACCGCAUGGAUCUGAGCCACCACAUCUACCGUAUGCUGCUGAACGGCGAGCUGACCCGUGCGCCCGUCAAGAACCCCGGUCGUGUGCUGGACAUCGGUACGGGGACGGGUAUCUGGGCGAUCGACUAUGCCGACGAGCACCCCGAAGCGGAAGUCAUCGGAAAUGACCUCUCCCCGAUCCAGCCCUCUUGGAUCCCCCCCAACUGCCGCUUCGAAGUCGACGACUACGAAGCCCCCUGGUCCUACAGCCAACCGUUCGACUACAUCCACGGCCGCGAGCUGGAAGGGUUCGUCCGCGACUACGACCGCCUGUUCACGCAGGCUCUGGCCAACCUGAAGCCCAACGGAUGGUUCGAGGUCGCCUCCAUCGAAGUCAACUCGACCUCCGACGACGGCACCCACCACAAGGCCAAGAACCUGAUGGAAGCGGUCGAGAACAUGCACGUUGCGUCGAACGAGUUCGGCAAGAGCAUGACGAGCGUGAAUACUUGGAAGAGCCGCAUGGAGAAGGCUGGGUUUGCCAAUGUGCACGAGGAUAUUUACAAGCUCCCCCAAUCCCCCUGGCCCAAAGACCCCAAGCUGAAGGAAAUCGGCCGCUACCACCAAGUCAACAUGUUCGAGGCGAUGGGCCCCUACACGUACGCGCUGUUCACGCGCAUGCUGGGCUGGCCGCGCGAGCGCAUCGAAGCCCUCGUCGUUGGGUCCAAGAAUGAGCUCAAGGAUCUGUCGAUUCACUUGUACACCCGGGUGCAUGUUGUUUAUGGUCAGCGUGUGGCUGCUUAGGGGCUUGGUUGGCUUGUUUUGCGCUGAGCGUUAGUAUUCUAUGUCUGGUUUACUUGUCUACCUGUCUCUGUCUAUCUAGCUGUCUACCUAGCUGUCUAUCUACUAGUAUAUAUUAUGGUCCGUUGGUAGUAUUAAUUGUUAUCUCUUUAUAU